UCCACAGUGAUUAAGUUAAGUCCCGAUCCGGAUCUCGGCACACAAUAAGACCGAUACACAUGGUUAACUAUGGAGUAUAAUUUAGUUGUGAAUGGUUUUGAAACCAAAGUGACUUUAGGCGAGGAGAAAUUGACAUUUUCAGUUUCGAAAUUUGAUGGAAUUUCAACAAUCAUCAGUUACCAAUUAGAUGAUGUCAUCGGAUGUGAAGAUGCAGUAAAGGGAUGGUUUCAGAAGACCGAGAUAACUCGAGUGUGGCUAAUCGAACACGGUUCUUCGAACGUUUUGCUGAAGAAGUGCAAGGUGAUUUCUGGGGAUCAAAGGAAACAUUUCCAGUAUGAUUUAACGGAAAUGUUAACAAAAGAAACAAAGCGCCCCAAAAGAGUGUUGGUGAUGAUCAACCCUAUCGGCGGUAAUGGUACUGCCAGAGCGGAUUUCACAAAUAUUGUUGAACCAGUCUUUAAACUGUCAGGGAUAUCCAUGGAUAUAAUCUUCUCUGAGUACACUGGACAUAUGAUUGAUGUUGCGAGAACCUAUGACUUUACCAAUACUAAUGGGAUCGUACUACUUGGAGGUGACGGGUCAUACCAUGAAGUGGUCAACGUGAUGAUGAGAAAGAGACAGGAGGAACAAGGCGUUGAUAUAAACGACCAAAAUUCAGUAUUAUCUCCCUUGAAUAUUCCAAUAGCCAUGAUACCAACAGGAACUGGAUGUGGGGUGACAGAAAAUAACACAGGUUGUAAAGACGUUUUAACAGCUGCUCUUCACGUUGUUAUAGGGAGAACUGUGCCUUCUCAUUUGUUGGCCCUGUACAGCAAUGAUAAACUCAUUAGCUUUGGUGGAACAGCCUCGACGUACGGAUUCAUGACAGAUCUUCUUUUCUACUCCGACAGGAAGUUCCGGUGGCUAGGGCGAUCCCGAUACUUCAUUGUUCCUAUUUGGCUGUUUCUUUUCAAAUCCCAUACACGACGUUUUUUCGAUGCCAAGGUCACCUAUUACACAACAGUAUCUGAGCGACGUAACAAUGACAACAAGACGGAGAUCUUUGUUGGAGACAGAAAACUGUCUGGAUACAGUUCAUAUACGGCUGAGAGAGUGGUUUUCAACAGAAAGUUGUGGAACAUUAUGACCUUGAUCGGAAACGUUAUCUUUGAGGGUAACGUCGUGUUUGACGUCCCUAGGAUGUUUGUACCCAAGCCUACAGCGUGUUCCUCUUUCAUUUUCUGCGGCACCGUUUCGUUUGGAUUCGUGUACAAGUUUUUCAAGUAUGUCGUUCAAAGGACACCCAUGGAAGUGUUAGCUAAUGAGAUGGAGGUUUUAAAUGUCCGGGGGCUUAACGUAGAACUGAUGGAUAGGUUGGAUGACGAGAAUCCAGAUAUGGCGAUGUUGAGUAGACUUAUUCAGGUAGACGGGGAGAUUUAUGAACUGGAGGCGCCAUCAUUUCAAUUACGGUACACACUUGACGUUGUGCAGAUUUUCUCAAGUUAUCUGUGAAAUAAUCGUAGUUUCAUAUUUUUCAUGCGUAAAGAAGUAGAAAUUUAGUAUGCUUAAUUUCCAAACAUGUGCUUGCGUUUUUUCUUGUUUGUAAGUCACCAAUUACUAUCGGAUCAAAGUCUAUCGUUUGGCCUAUUACAUUAGUAUGUAAUAUUAUUAUUGGUUAUUCGGUGUGUACGUUUUAUUUCGUCAAUGGGCAUACCAGAACAGACACAAUCUAAAGCAUGCCAAGAACCCAAAUAAUCCUAACCAAACUCGCCAUUUUACAUUUCAGUAGAAAUGCUAGAAAAUGACAUAGAUGAAAAGUUUGAUAUCCAAAUUUUUUCGAAAAUUCAUGUUACGGAAUAUAAUAAGUGCAAUAAAGUCCUUUUCUAUUUAGCUCACAUGAGCCAAUUACUCAAUUAAAGGACAUAUCUCAUGUUUUCAAAGUAUACAAUAUUACAUGCAUUUUGUCUUCUUUAUGCUUAUAGUAAUUAAUUCUAAUAGUUCGUUCGCCGAAAUUUUGCGAUAAUUAACCACAAUACAGACUUAAAUCUAAGCCCCGCUUUCAAAAAGUCAAGUUAAUUAGGUAGGUUGUCACGUGGUACAGUGACGUCACAUGCGCCCUUCGGAUUGUGACAGUACUGCGAGAUAUCAUUAAAAACUCAACUUUUAGGGGCCUAAUUAAUUUACCAUGGGCAACAUUUAAAUCGAUGUUGAUAAAUUGUCCGAGUUUUAUAUGUGUUCACCACCAGUGAACACAUAUAACGAUGUAAAUACCCAAAUAUAGCGAGUAAAGCGUGUAUGAAAUCGGCAAAAUUGUGAGUAAAUAAUGUUUAUAUGGGUCGCUGUCUACAAACUGUUUGGGGAUGUUAUUCCUUUAUACAUCUGUAAUUGGCGCUGUUUUUCUAAAAUAAACAGUGCAAUCAUUAUUUAUUUUUGGAUUACACAAUUAUGAUACGUUAAAUUGUUGACAACUAGGCCCUAUGCCAAGCUAUUGUCACGCGCUCAUUUCGGAAAGAAAGAAAAAGACAACACACACACAAAUCAAUAAAAAUAUUCAAAUUUAAAGUGGUAAUCACAUUAUUUUAUUUUGAUAAAGCAAUCUUAUUACUAUUUUUGAAUUGUGAUCUGCACGUCUUUAGGAAGUACGAAGUGGGAGCACGGCGUUAUAGCCUACUGACGCACUCAAGAUGCGUAAGUUCAAUAAAGAAAUAAUUUUAUAAUUCAAUUUAAAGUUAGGACAUACAAUAUUCUAUUAUUUGUAUAAUCAAAAGUUCAAUUAUUUUGUAUCUUUAUUUUUUGUUGUUGUAAAUCUACCAGUUGGUAGAAGUUACAUUGUAUCGUCGAUAUAUAUUGUUACAAGGUGAAGGUCAGUUGAUCCGAGUGUGUAUUGAAUUUGAAGAGCAAAACAGAAUGUAUGCUAUAGGCCUACCAGUGCUUAUAGCUUCGAUAUAUCCAUUUUCUCGCAGUUUAUCAGGGUCUCUGUCCAAGAGAUGUUUGAAAAGGUGACUGGGUGUGUUUUUAAAGGUAAAGUUCUUGCUCCAACAAAAAAAUUAUCCACGUCUUUUUUCUCGUACCUUCCUUCGAAAAAUUGAAAAUUACUCAGUCUAAAUCCUUUCUACCGACAACUAGUACACCCGAGCACGACACAAAACAUCUUAAUGCAUUAUUAUUUACAAGCCGUUAACGUGACAAUUGUUUUUUUGUCGAUUAAAUCUAAUCUGUUUAUGAAAUGGCUAAUAGAUGUUUUCAAACCCGAGGGCGCAUAUGACGUCACACAAAAUGGCGCGUAAACUAGCGAAAGAAAAUAUGCAUAUCGCAAGAUUUGAAUUUCAUCGCUUUCAAACUCGCAAACUACGCAAAAUAUUUCAUUUAAAACACAUUUAAAGUAGUUUUAGGCAUAAAAAGAGUUAAUUUUGCUGAAAAAAUGAAAAAGUUUAGAAACAUGCGUUGUGUCCUUUAAGCUUUUCUGAUCGAAAAAGCUAUAGCGCACUUGCCGACAAAACUGCCGACUCCACAAUUGAUAGGGAAAACAUUGGGUCAUUUAAAAAUCUUCUCAAAAAUGACUGGUCAUGAAAGUUGAAAUUCACAUGAAAGCUUCCUGACAUGCAUGUCCCAGGGGAUAGGGUGGGGCCACAAUAGGGGAUCAAAGUUUUACAUGGGAAUAUAGAGGAAAAUCGUCUUAAUAACACCACAGCCAUGAUUACUCAUAUUAAGAUGUUAGCAUACCAGAUACUUUAACCGUGCUCAUAACUUUAGAUUGGUGAGUGAUAUAUCGUUCAUAUUUGAUUAAUGCAUUCCUCAUGAGAAGACAUUAAUUUUGGUACCAAAGAUUUUGACCUGGUAACCCUGACAUUGGAUUUUGAUCUGCUUAUAAGGAACUUUAACCUAGAUAACAUAUCCUAAACUGUUUAAGGUAGGGGUUUCAUAUCUUGUAUUUAGAUUCCUCAUGACAAGACUUUACAUUUAAUAUUAUGAUUUUUGACCGUGUAUCAUGGUUAUGUCAUUACCGUUUGAGGAUAUGCUGGGACCACAAUAUGUCAACAUUUGUCAUGGGAUGAUUGAUUGAAUAGUGUUUAACGUCCCUCUGAGAAUAUUUCACUCAUAUGGAGACGUCACCAUUGCCGAUAAAGGGCUGCAAAAUUUAGGCCUAUGCUCGGCGCUUAUGGCCUUUGAGAAGGGAGGGAUCUUUAUCAUGCCACACCUUCUGUGAUACGGGACCUUGGUUUUGCGGUCUAUCCGAAGGACCUCCCCAUUUAGUCGCCUUUUACGACAAGCAAGGGGUACUGAGGACCUAUUCUGACCCGGAUCCCCAUGGGACUAAAGAUUGAAUUUUUUUUAAUAAUAGCUGAACAACAGCAGGGUCAAGGUAAUUCAGGUGAGCGAUGUGGCCCAUGGGCCUUUUGUUUAAAAUUCUUGAUAAAUUUUUAAACAAAUUAGCUAUAUUGCGGUAUAUGAAUUUAUGUUAUGGAAAUAUAAUUGACAGUCACGUGACGUGUUCUAUCCAAUGACAGAGCAACAUUCUAAUCUUCAUGCAUAAUAAUAUGUAAUAGUAUGUUGAAUAUUUACAUGUAUAUUGACUAUUAUUAACGAUAUGUUAUCAAAUAUGUAUUUCUUAUCAAUAUUUAUACUACAGUAAACGAUACACUUCAGGUA